GGGGUGAGGUGGCCAGCCGCUGAUCCACCGGUAUCAUGGCUUCCUAACAGGAGGGGGAAGUGAUUCAGAGGAAAACAAGGAUCUUUUCUUAUAAAAAAAAAAAAUCCGACAGAUAAUCGACCCCCUUUCGAGAACCUGAGAUCGGGACAGAGGGGCUCGGGCUUCCCUUUUCGCCCCCCCGGUAGGAUCAAGGAUAUACUUGUAUUCGUUAGUGGUGAAUUUCCAUUCGUUGAGGAAGAUGGCCGACCCGGCGGAGUGCACCAUCAAAGUGAUGUGCCGCUUCAGGCCCUUGAACAGCUCCGAGGUGACCAGGGGCGACAGAUACAUCCCCAAGUUUCAGGGUGAAGACACCGUUGUUAUUGCGAGCAAACCGUACAGUUUCGACAGAGUGUUUCAGUCGAGUACAACACAGGAACAAGUGUACAACGCCUGCGCCCAGAAGAUUGUAAAAGAUGUUCUUGAGGGAUACAAUGGAACCAUUUUUGCAUAUGGACAGACGUCAUCUGGAAAAACACACACCAUGGAGGGAAAUCUCCAUGACACAGAUGCAAUGGGCAUCAUCCCCAGGAUAGUGCAGGAUAUCUUCAACUAUAUCUAUUCCAUGGACGAAAACCUGGAGUUUCAUAUCAAAGUUUCAUAUUUUGAAAUCUACUUAGACAAGAUCCGGGACCUCCUGGAUGUGUCAAAGACCAACUUGUCCGUGCAUGAAGACAAAAACAGAGUACCCUAUGUCAAGGGCUGCACUGAGAGAUUUGUCUGCAGCCCAGAGGAGGUCAUGGACACGAUUGAUGAAGGCAAAUCAAACAGACAUGUAGCAGUUACAAACAUGAACGAGCACAGCUCCAGGAGUCACAGUAUUUUCCUGAUAAACGUCAAACAGGAGAACACUCAGACAGAGCAGAAGCUCAGCGGGAAGCUUUACCUGGUGGAUCUGGCUGGAAGUGAAAAGGUCAGUAAAACAGGAGCAGAGGGAGCUGUGCUGGAUGAAGCUAAGAACAUCAACAAGUCUCUGUCGUCCCUGGGAAACGUCAUCUCUGCUCUGGCUGAAGGAACGGCCUACAUCCCAUACCGAGACAGCAAGAUGACCCGUAUCCUGCAGGACUCUCUGGGUGGUAACUGUCGAACUACGAUUGUCAUCUGCGCCUCGCCUUCCUCCUACAAUGAGUGUGAAACCAAAUCCACCCUUAUGUUCGGACAAAGAGCAAAGACCAUCAAGAACACUGUCACUGUGAACGUGGAGCUUACAGCAGAGCAAUGGAAGCAGAAGUACGAGAGGGAGAAGGAGAAGAAUAAGACCCUGAGGAACACCGUCACCUGGCUGGAGAACGAGCUCAACCGCUGGAGAAAUGGUGAGAGUGUGCCGGUGGAGGAGCAGUUCGAUAAGGAGAAGGCCAACGCAGAGGUUUUGGCUCUGGACAACAUAAUCAAUGAAAAGACGGCCUCCACGCCCAACAUACCCGGUGUUCGUCUCACCGACGUGGAGAAGGACAAGUGUGAGGCUGAGCUGGCCAAGCUUUACAAACAGCUCGACGAUAAGGAUGAAGAAAUCAACCAGCAGAGCCAGCUGGCUGAGAAGUUGAAGCAGCAGAUGCUUGACCAGGAGGAGCUUUUAGCCUCUUCUCGCCGCGAUCACGAGAACCUCCAGUCGGAGCUGAACCGCCUGCAGGCAGAGAACGAGGCCUCCAAAGACGAGGUGAAGGAGGUGCUGCAGGCUCUGGAGGAGCUUGCCGUCAACUACGAUCAGAAGAGCCAGGAGGUGGAGGAUAAGACUAAAGAGUUUGAGACCAUCAGCGAGGAACUGAGCCAGAAAUCGUCCAUCCUGUCGUCUCUGGACUCUGAGCUCCAGAAACUGAAGGAGAUGUCCAACCACCAGAAGAAGAGGGUGACCGAGAUGAUGUCCUCGCUGCUCAAAGACCUCGCUGAGAUCGGCAUCGCCGUAGGCAGCAAUGACAUCAAGCAACACGAGGGUGGCAGCGGCAUGAUAGAUGAAGAGUUCACGGUGGCUCGUCUCUACAUCAGUAAGAUGAAGUCAGAGGUGAAGACCAUGGUGAAACGCUGCAAGCAGCUGGAGGGCACCCAGUCCGAGAGCAACAAGAAGAUGGACGAGAACGAGAAGGAGCUGGCCGCCUGCCAGCUGCGCAUCUCACAGCACGAGGCUAAAAUCAAGUCCCUGACCGAGUACCUGCAGAAUGUGGAGCAGAAGAAGAGGCAGCUGGAGGAGAACGUCGACUCUCUCAAUGAAGAACUUGUUAAGAUCAGCGCUCAGGAGAAAGUCCAUGCAAUGGAGAAAGAGAGCGAGAUCCAGACUGCCAAUGAAGUCAAGGAAGCUGUGGAGAAGCAGAUUCACUCCCACCGCGAAGCUCAUCAGAAGCAGAUCAGCAGCCUGAGAGACGAGCUGGACAACAAGGAGAAACUCAUCACGGAGCUGCAGGAUCUGAACCAGAAGAUCAUACUGGAGCAGGAGAGACUCAGAGUGGAACACGAGAAACUCAAAUCCACCGACCAGGAGAAGAGCCGCAAGCUGCACGAGCUCACGGUGAUGCAGGACAGGAGAGAGCAGGCCAGACAGGACCUGAAGGGUCUGGAGGAGACGGUGGCCAAGGAGCUGCAGACUCUGCACAACUUGAGGAAGCUGUUUGUCCAGGACCUGGCUACCAGAGUGAAGAAGAGCGCCGAGAUGGACUCAGACGAUACGGGUGGGAGUGCAGCUCAGAAACAGAAAAUUUCCUUUCUUGAGAACAAUCUUGAGCAACUCACCAAGGUUCACAAACAGCUGGUGCGUGAUAAUGCAGACCUGCGCUGUGAGCUUCCUAAACUGGAAAAGCGUCUUCGCGCUACAGCUGAGCGGGUCAAGGCCCUGGAGUCUGCUCUGAAGGAGGCCAAGGAGAACGCCGCCCGUGACCGCAAGCGCUACCAGCAGGAGGUGGACCGCAUCAAGGAGGCCGUGAGGGCCAAGAACAUGGCCAGGAGGGGACACUCUGCCCAGAUCGCCAAGCCCAUUAGGCCCGGGCAGCAGCCAGUGGCGUCUCCCACACACCCCAACAUCAACCGCAGCGGAGGAGGCUUCUACCAGAACAGCCAGACGGUGUCCAUCAGGGGAGGAAGCAGCGCCAAGCCAGAAAAGAACUGAAGAGCAGCAGUAUGGAAGGACGACACCACUGAAGAAGAAGAAGCCAAUAUCACCCCCGCCCACCCCGACAACUUGUCAUUCCAUAACAGCGAACAGGCUCCUCGUCGCUGCCUUGGAGCCACGAAGGAGUUUCUGAAUUAUAAAUAUAUAUAUAUAAAUAUUCCUGGCCUGUACAGCUCCAACCCCCCCCUCACCUCCACCCACCCCACCCCACCCCCGCCUGCCAACACAUCCCUCCAAUUCUCAUCAUCACUUAUCUCUUUUUCUCCUACUGGAUAUAAUAAAAAAAAAAAAAAUGUAAUGUACAAAAGUCAAAAUAAUAUUCUUAUCCACCGAACCAAACGCAGUCUUGAGCGCAGGCUCGGCGAGCGAAACCGCGCGCACCUCAAAAAAAAAUGUGUUGCUUCGGUUUUUUUGGGGGGGUUUUUUGUUUUGCACAGUCUGUUGUCAUCCGUCGUCGUCGUGCGAGUAGUUCUGCACUGUGCCAAGCUGAAUGUAACGGUAGAAAGAUCCCAAAAAGAAGAAAAAAUCACAACCAUUAAUAAUUAAAAAAAAGACCAAAAAAAAGAAAAGGACACCCCUACCACAAGAAAUAGCUUGAUCCUAUAGGCUAACCUCUGUACAUUUCCUCAUCACUAUUAUUGGUUGUUAACCACACUUUCUCUGGAUAGAUUUUACAUGCUUCUUAAAAGAAAAAAAACGACAAAAAAAAGUAAACUGUACGGUUUUUGAAUUGACUAGAUGGCGUUGAGCACUACUGUUCUGUCCCGGUAUUGUACAGAUGUAAAAAAUUGGCACUACUGCACAUGAUUCUCUACAGAGAGACCGAUACAAGACGAGAGGGGGGAAAAAAACGGCUGGAAAAAGAAGGAUUCAAGUGAACGAGAAGGCAAAACGUGCGACAGUGUACUGUAGAUGUAUUUAACGAAAUACCUGUGGAGGCCAAUUGUUUUUAUCAUUAAGUUAAAUAAAAACCUAUACUCGUUUAUUGGUGACUUCAUGGGAAGAAUUUACAGAAUGUAGAAAGGAAAGAGAAUGAUCCGGUUAACGCAACAAAAACUUCCCCACCUUUUUUUUUUUAGCACAGCCUAUGCUACGUAGCUAAAUGUACUGUUUUUACUCUGCUCAGUGGUUAACAAUGCCGUGUUAAUGGGACGCUAUUUAUAUCCGUCUGCACAUCGGGGCACAUAGACCGAGAUGGCACACACAACGCUUGUCCUGUCCUAGCCGGGUCGCUGUCACUCACUCAUCUCCAGGAGCCAUUUUGGGUUUUUAAAAAGGCUCCUGGUCAGCUGUUUGAUCCCUGUCGUAUCAUGAUUUCAAGGGUGCCUCGCUUUGAUUUUUUUUUUUUUUUUUUUUGUCGUCCCUCUCACACCCUUUUUGUUGUUUCUUAUAGAUUUAGGACCUCACUGUAAUUAAAUUUGCCCCUUUGGUUGUAAAUUUGCAGAAAAGUUCUGUUUUUUUUUUUGUUUUUUUUGCUCAUUUGUUUUAUGUACUGUAUCUCUCAUUGUUCCAUAUAUGGUGUAGAUGCAUAUUUGAAGUGGGAGCUGCGGGCCGAGGGUGUCGGACCCUUUGCUGCUGAUCAACCAAUCAGGAGAGCAGGGUCUUAAAAUUGCACAACAAUCUUCUGUCAUCAUCUGGAGGAAGUGUUUAUCUAGCUAAAUCUAGUCAGCAGGGGUGUAGGAUUUAUUUUGUGUUCUGUUGUCUCGCUCGUAUUUUUAGUGUUUUUUUUUUAAUUCUCCCAUGACAUGGCUUGAUUUCUUCUGUUUUUUGUUUUUUUUAAACCCCCCCCCCCUGUGAUGAAGCCCCGGUCACCUAGCAUUGGCAAAGAGCUUGUUGUGAUUGUAACCCCAGCGUGAGAACACUAACAUCUUGUGCAAGUGCAAUAAACUGUAAAAUACACUGUAUAUCAGUCGACAGGCAGGUGUGAUCAGGGUGUGCUGAAGCAGUAAUCUUGUUGUGAUGGGAGUCAAACUCCUGCCCCUCUUCUUUGUCAGCUUGUGUUUAACUAACUUUCUAAAUUACAAUUAUUUUCUUUCAUAGCCUUUUCUGGAAAGCUGAGCGUAAUUCUAAUAUAAAGCACUUUUGUACUGGACUGUAAACUCUCCAUGUCAAACUAUACGUCUCUGUAUUCCAGUACAACACGUGUGGUGGUUUUAGCUUUUCUGAAAUUGACGAUGAAAGAAAAUUUGAUGAUUUUGUUUUGGCUCAGAUUGGCAAAACAAAAGUAGCUCCAAAAGUUGGGGGCAGGAUUUUGGUUUUCUACUAAUAGGAUGUCAUACUAACACCUGUUAUCUUGCAACAGGAACAUUUCACUUCUUCACAAAACCUGCACUCACACAAAAAAAAAAAAACACUCCAUUGGUGGCUGUUUUUGACUGGAGGAAAAGAAGUUUCCAAAGCCAUGUAAAUCAAACUUUGUUGUCACUUAAAUUUAGUAAUCUCACGUUCAACAAGCUGCAGGGAGGAGUAGCUCCCCUGUAUCUAUGACAGGACAGUGUUUGGUGUCUAUCAAGAAGGUUUAUUCCCUCUGUGUAAUCUUCUUAGGUUAGUUAAGACUUUUGCAGCAUGGACCUCGAAAUGUUCAGCCUUUGACCUUCCACCGAAACUGGAUAUGAAAUGGGGCAGCAAAUAGAUGAUUUAAGAAAAAAAAACAAAAAAAACAGCAAAGAAUAUUUGUGGUGAUUGCCGAAAUUGAAUUCUGAUUAAUUAUAAAUGAAAACAAAAGUGUAGCCACUUUUUUUUAUUACUGUGUAAUAGUUGGUCAAUUUUAAAACAGACAGUUUUGAGGAUCCAUCGGUGGACAAGGUACUGGAUCAUUCCUGGAGAACUGGGGGCACAAAUGGAAAGGGCUCUGUUGUGGACCGAGAUGGGAAGUUCAUGAGAUCACAGUUUUGGAUUGAUUGCAUGAUGUAAAUGUAUGUGUGAUUAAAUAAUUAUGAGAAAG